UCUCCGGGUCCUGUGACUCUGACAGCGUGGCAUGACGUCAUCGGCAGUCGUCGGCCGUGAUAAGCAUGUGCUGCAGUGAGUGUGAUUAAUCACGAGAAGUUCAUCAGUUUACUCUUUGAGUUUAGCGAUUAAAUCGGCACUGAUCACCGGACACAUCAUGGAGUACAUGCAAGCGCCACCAUCAAGCAGUCAAGGCAAUAUUCUGUGCUGUACGUGUGGUGUUCCCAUUCCUCCAAACCCAGCCAACAUGUGUGUGUCCUGCCUGAGGACACAAGUGGACAUUACUGAAGGAAUUCCCAAACAAGUGUCCAUCCACUUCUGCAGACAGUGUGAACGGUACUGUCAGAACCAGAGGAGACACACUGACCAUGUUUACAUGCACAUCAUCUAUAGAUUAAGCUCCAUAUUCUGGUACCUGCAGCCUCCAGGUUCAUGGGUUCAGUGCGCUCUGGAGUCUCGUGAACUGCUUGCACUCUGUCUGAAGAAACUCAAAGGCUCCGUGUCAAAGGUGAGGCUCAUUGAUGCAGGAUUCUUGUGGACAGAACCACACUCCAAACGCAUCAAGAUCAAGCUCACCAUCCAGAAAGAGGUGAUGAACGGGGCGAUCCUCCAGCAGGUGUUUGUGGUGGAGUUUGUGAUACAGCCUCAGAUGUGUGAUGAUUGUCAUCGAGUGGAGGCCAAAGACUUCUGGAAAGCUGUCGUUCAAGUGCGACAGAAGACAGUCCACAAGAAAACUUUCUUCUAUCUGGAGCAGCUGAUCUUGAAGCACAAACUGCAUCAGAACACUGUUCGCAUCAAAGAGAUCCACGAGGGAAUUGAUUUUUACUACGGGUCUAAGCAGCAUGCGCAGAAGAUGGUGGAUUUCUUGCAGUGUACAGUUCCCUGCAGAUCGAAGACGUCUCAGCGGUUGAUCUCUCAUGAUGUUCAUUCAAACACCUACAACUACAAGAGCACCUUCUCACUGGAGAUCGUUCCUGUGUGUAAGGAUAAUGUGGUGUGUCUCUCACCGCGUCUUGCUCAGAGUUUGGGUAACAUGGGUCAGCUGUGUGUGUGUAUCCGUGUCACCAGCGCGAUUCACCUGAUUGACCCCAACACCCUACAGAUUGCGGAGGUGGAUUGCAACACUUACUGGCGUCACCCCUUCAACAGUCUGUGCAGCCCGCGAAAACUAGAAGAAUUCAUCAUCAUGGAUAUUGACAUCAUCAGAGGUCAAAGGUUAGGGGCUGGCGCUGGUCUGACGUCCAAUAAGCACACAUUAGCUGAGGUUUGGGUUCAGAAGACAUCAGAGAUGAACUCCAGUCAUCAGUAUCACUGCAAAACAUUUCUGGGUCACCUGCUGAACAUUGGAGAUCUGGUGCUGGGCUUUGAUUUCGCCAAUGCCAAUAUCAAUGAUGAAUUCCUCAAUAAGAUGAACCCUCACCACGUUCCUGAUGUGGUGUUGAUAAAGAAGAGUUAUGACCGUGUGAAGCGAGUGAAGAACAGGAACUGGAAGCUGCAGGAGUUGAACCGAGAGAGAGACGACACAAACACUGAUGAUGAGAGACAAUACCACGAGUUCCUGGAGGAUUUGGAGGAAGAUGAAGUUCUGAGGAAGAAUGUGAACAUCUUCAGAGACACCUCAAAGAUCCCAGUGGAGAGUGACACUGAUGAUGAUGAUGGUGCUCCGCGGAUCUCAUUGGCUGAGAUGUUAGAGGAUCUGAGUCUGAGUGACGCCACUGGUGGAGAAGGAGCUGAUAUGAUGACUGAUUAAUUAACUAGCAGCACCACAUAUCCAGACAAACAUCAGCAGAUAUCAUUGUCAUUAUUUCAUGUAUCUACAGGUGAACUGAGUGAUGUAAUGUUAGAUGAAGUGCUUCAACUGACCAAUUAAAAGAAAUCUAAAAAAUGUCUGUAACAGACUAAACAUGUCAUUGUUGUCAUUAUUACAUUUGGAGAGGGCACUGAUCGACUGACGUGUGUUGCACACAGAAACAUCCGGCAGCACCAUGUGCAAAUGUGCAGUUCCACUCUUACUGUCUUGCUCAGUGUAAUUCACAGCAGUAUGUGUGCAUCUGUCCACCAUUAGAAACAAAGUCAUGUUUUCCAGUUCAUACUCGGACUGCUAAAAUAAAC